ACUAUUGGAUAGAUAUUCACGAUUAGCUUUUUAUCGUAGACCAGCAUCCGGAACGGUUGCCAUAUUCGGUUUCCUGAUCAUGAUAUCAAUAUUUACAUAUAAUGUUGGUUGUUAUCCGUUGUUACACAAAGAGCAAUUUAAGGAAAUGGCAGAGAGUGACGCUAAUAUUAAUCAUGAUAAUGAACUGAUGGAUGAUGAAACAAAUGUGGCACAGAAAGAAAACAAUGAAAAGUUACAUCGAAAUCUAUUUGACUUGAAUGAAUUUGAUGUUGAUACAGAGACUAUAGAUCUAGUUCAGUGCCGCGUAGACGCUAUUCCGGAUUUUUCAAGAUUCACCGAAUUAAAGGAAGUUUGCUUGCGACAGAAUCUAUUAGUAUCACUCAAUAAUCACCUUGCAAUCUCCACUCUUACUCAUCUUGAUUUAUACGACAAUCAGAUUGAGGUUAUUUCAAAUCUUGAUGCACUGGUCAAUCUUGAAGUUAUUGAUUUAAGCUACAAUCGUAUCAGAAAAAUUGAAGGUUUAUCUGCAUUGUGUAACUUGAAACGUAUCUAUAUGGUGCACAAUAAAAUUGAAAAAAUUGAUGGUUUGGAAUCACUUACAAAGCUUGAAGUGCUUGAGCUUGGUGAUAAUCGAAUAAAGAAAUUGGAAAACAUUGGACAUUUGCAAAAUCUUCGUGAGCUGUACAUUGGUAAAAAUAAAAUCCAGAAAUUCGAAAAUCUGGAAAACUUGGUUAAACUUGUUGUGCUGAGUGCUCCGGCAAAUCGUUUAACUGAAUUAAGCGGUAUUUCGAUGCUUACUGAGCUUACUGAACUUCAUAUUAGUGAUCAAGGAAUUGAAUCGUUGACUGAGCUGGCGCCUCAGAAAAAGCUAAAAAUAAUUGAUGCAGCUAACAACAAGAUAGUUAAAAUGGAUGGUCUUGUCCAUUUAAAUCAGUUGGAAGAUAUAUGGUUAAAUGACAAUGAAAUCUCAGAUUGGAACGAGUUAUUGAAGCUUUCUAAGUUGUCUGCUUUGAGGACGAUCUACCUAGAAAGAAACCCUAUCCAAAAAGUUGACCAGGGCAGUUACCGGAGGAAGGUAAUGUUAUGCUUACCCCAAGUGACGCAAAUCGAUGCCACUUUAUGUCGUUGA